AUGGCUUCAGAUAACAAUAACAUUCAAAUUCUCUCUCUUCUUUUUCUCUUCUUAACAUUCUUUUUCUGUAUAAACCCAGUGUUAUCCGCAGAUCCACCGGGAAAUUCCCCCAGUCCAUCUCCACAUCCACCAGCCGACGUCCUCUCGCAGCCGCCGGCUCUAUCUCCAGAAACACCAUCUCCUGCUCCUUCCCCCUCACUUGCCUCCCCUCCUGCGCCUCCGCCGUCAGAUCUCUCUCCAAGUCCCUCUCCAGCACCAUCUCCAGCACUAACCAAUUAUUCUUCUCCUGACAAGUCUCCGACAUCGUCACCGGCACCGGCUCCUGUACCGGAUGUAGCAGGCGACGAGGACGUAAAUACGAGUAAUGUGGUGUUAGAGAGGGACUCCUCCUCUGGCGGGAUAAACUGUUGGAAUUAA